CUGCCGCCGCUCCAGCUGUUGCUGGGGCUCCUCCUGCUGGUGGUACCCACAGCCGUCCGGGCCCCAUUUCCGAAGCGCUGCUGCGGGUGCUGUGUCCCUGCCAUCCGGAGGAGGCGCGACUGGGGGUGCCGCUGCCGCGUCUAAUGACCAAACGCAACAAGUGUGUGUCAGGAUAAGCCGGUUGAUACCGGUACUUUUGACAUAACUGCCCUGUGCCGUUCGCUUCCUUGGUGUCAUUGCGGCGGCUUCCACUCCAUCCGGAUGCUGAAUUCACAGCCUUGUGAUACGUGAUACAUGGCCGCCCCUCGUCUAACCUGCUGUUCUGCGUGGAGCAGUCCAAGACGCUUUCGCCCAAGCAGUCCAAGCCAUUACGCUGCACCCCGUCCCCACCUCCCAACGCCCUCACAGGCUCAGCCAGCAGGACGCCGACCAAGACGUGCUGCGCCUCAUCACAGCCAGCGACUGGGCCCAGCUGCGCAGGCUGUACGGCAACCCUACCGCCGCCACCGCCGCGGCCAACGCGAACGGCGCCGUCGAUGCGUCCUCCGGUAAGGAACCCCCUGCUGCUGUGGCAGCCGGCGCACGCAGGGGCAGGCCCCCACGCGGCAAGGCCACAACAGCACCCACUGCUGCACCAGCUGCAACAACAACAACGACAACCCUUUCUCAGACCGUCAAGCGCACGACCGUCCCAGUUCACGAUGAUGACGUUAUUCUGGUAGACGCAGCCGAACCCCAGCAGCAGCAGCAGCACCCCGCAGCUGAUGUUGACGGCGGCGUUGCUGCCGCCAUGCCCCACCAUGCUAGCCCCGUCGUUGCUACGGAGCCGUCAGCCGCCCCGGUACGGCUAGCCGCCGUACGGCAGGGCUUCACAGCGGAGCUCGGCAUGCCAGCGGCAGCUGUGGGGGGGUCCACGAGCAGCGAAGGAGGAGGCGGCGGGGUUCCGGAGCUGUGUGUAUGGCCACCGGUGUGUACGGAGGCGCUUGCGGCACACAGUCGGUCCGCCAAGGAGGCCCUGCUGUCGUACUCGGAGGCUGAGGUGGUGGUGGAGCUGGUGGGGCAGGAGGAGCUGGAGGCGUCGCUGCGGGAGGCGGCAGGCAAUGUGGAGCGCCGGUCGCGCCGCACCCGCCGCGGGCGCACCGCCAUCACCGUGAGCAACACCACCACGCUGGGGCAGCUGAAGCUGCAGGUCUUCGAGAACCUCUCCGUUCACCCGCGCAACCAACAUCUAUUCGUCCGAGGCGACGACGGCUGCCCCCGCAUGCUGGAGGGCGAUGAUCUCAGUCUGGCUCAGCAUGAGGUGCUGCCUAAUCAGGAGAUACGGCUGGUGCGGGGCAACGAGGUGGACGACGACGAGGACGUGGUGGGCUUGCUGGGAGAGGGUCGAUCCAAGCGGCGACAGGUGGAGCAGGGGUUCAAGAACACCGCGCUUCACGGGGAUCUGCCGUCGCAGCAGCAGCAGCAGCAACAGCAGCAACAGCAACAAGAGGGGAAUUCCGCGGGCGACGAGUCUGCAAGGGGAGGUGGCUCAGCGGGAGAAAGGUCGGCACAGGACGAUGACGGCGAAACCUUGUAAUGAAAGCCAUGAAGGAAUUGCAAUCGCAGGUGUCGUAGGGUGGAGGGACGUGCGAAUCGCAGAGCGGCGAGGCGCCCGGCGCAUAGGGUUUUGCGUGAUCGUUGUGCUGAGUUACUUGCAGGAAGGGAAGCAGAUGGUGUUAUGCAAGUCAUCACACGUAGGGUGGAAUAGUGGCAGGCAUUCCACCCAAGGAGGAGUGUCAAGGCUAGCUUUAGGAAAUGCUUAGUCUGGUAACCCUGCAGUAACGUUUAAGUUUCGUCUCGUAAGGUAUUUGCUGAUUCGCUAGGUAAUGUGUUCAAGGGAGCAGGCAGGUGCAGGAACCCUUUCCGUUAAGGUGACUGCGAAUGUAUGCAGGUUGUGGUAGCUGGGCUGACAGUAUCCACAUUACACGUGCGGCGUACCCUUGUGGACAUGCGGGUAUGCGUGAGGCUGGAAACCGUAUCCUGCAUUUACCCAAUCCUGGUGACCCGCGGUUCCCUAAGAUGGACAAAGCAGGC